GCGCACUAAUACCACGUGACCUUAACCGUGUGCCCUAUCGGCUUUGGUCUCCUUUGAGCAGUCCUCUGCAAAGAAGGCCUUGAAGAACGAAUUUGAAGAUGUUGACGCGAAGAGUUGCCUCCUCCCUUUUAAGGACUGCCGUCCGAACUGUUCCAAAGGGACUUCAAGGAAGUCUUGGAGCAGCUGCCAUUGCAGCAACAAAACAUUAUCAUACCACACCAACACAAAGAGCCUCUGCUGAAGUUGCAUCCAUCCUUGAAGAAAGAAUUUUAGGAACCUCUAGCAAGGCAGAGCUUGAAGAGACUGGAAGAGUAUUGUCCAUUGGUGAUGGUAUUGCCCGUGUAUAUGGUCUGAAAAAUGUCCAAGCAGAGGAAAUGGUAGAAUUCUCAAGUGGUCUGAAGGGUAUGGCCUUGAACUUGGAGCCAGAUAAUGUUGGUGUUGUAGUAUUUGGUAAUGACAAACUCAUCAAGGAAGGUGAUGUUGUGAAAAGAACCGGAGCUAUUGUAGAUGUACCAAUUGGAGAAGAACUAUUGGGCAGGGUUGUUGAUGCCUUGGGUAAUGCUAUUGAUGGAAAGGGUCCAAUCAACUCUGCAAGCAGGGCUAGAGUUGGGUUGAAGGCCCCUGGUAUCAUUCCAAGAACAUCUGUAAAAGAACCUAUGUUGACAGGAAUAAAGGCUGUAGAUAGCUUAGUACCAAUUGGAAGAGGACAGAGAGAGUUGAUUAUUGGAGACAGACAGACUGGAAAGACAGCCAUUGCUAUUGACACUAUUAUCAACCAAAAGAGAUUCAAUGAAGCUGGAAAUGAAAAGGCCAAACUUUACUGUAUUUAUGUUGCAAUUGGCCAGAAAAGAAGUACAGUGGCCCAGCUUGUCAAGCGCCUUACAGAUGCAGAUGCUAUGAAGUACACAGUAGUUGUCAGUGCCACAGCUUCUGAUGCAGCUCCUUUGCAAUACCUUGCCCCAUACUCUGGUUGUGCCAUGGGUGAAUACUUUAGAGACAAUGGCAAGCAUGCACUGAUUAUCUAUGAUGAUUUGUCUAAACAGGCUGUUGCAUACAGACAGAUGUCUUUGUUGCUGCGUCGUCCUCCAGGCCGUGAAGCCUACCCAGGAGAUGUCUUUUACCUCCAUUCACGUUUGCUUGAGAGAGCUGCAAAAAUGAAUGACAACUUUGGAGGAGGAUCUCUCACUGCUUUGCCAGUCAUUGAAACCCAGGCUGGUGAUGUGUCAGCAUAUAUUCCAACUAAUGUCAUCUCAAUCACUGACGGUCAAAUCUUUUUGGAAACUGAGUUGUUCUACAAAGGAAUCCGUCCUGCUAUUAAUGUAGGUCUUUCAGUCAGCAGAGUAGGAUCUGCAGCUCAGACCAAAUCAAUGAAACAGGUUGCAGGGUCUAUGAAGCUAGAGCUUGCCCAGUACCGUGAAGUAGCUGCAUUUGCCCAAUUUGGAUCAGAUUUGGAUGCAGCAACACAAUCUUUACUGAACAGAGGAGUCCGUCUUACUGAAUUAUUGAAACAAGGACAAUAUGUACCAAUGGACAUCGCUGAGCAAGUCACAGUUAUCUAUGCUGGUGUAAGAGGAUAUUUGGACAAACUGGAACCCGCAAGAAUCACUGCAUUUGAAAGUGCCUUUGUGAAACACAUUCGCUCAACACAGCAAGAGCUGCUGAAAGCUAUCCAAACAGAAGGACAUAUCUCGCAGGCCAGUGAUGAGAAACUGAAAGCUGUAGUAACUUCAUUCUUGGCAUCUUUUGAUUAGAAAUUCUUUGAGCUCAACAGAAAAUGACAAUUUAUUUUACGACCAAACUUCCCUAAAUGUUCCUCACAGCCUACAUGUUGCUGUAAAUGUAAUAUCUUUCGCCUGAUUUGAAAUCUUUAGUACAGGUUUUUAUGCGCAGAGUGUCUAGUAUUAAAUGAAUUGCGGUGAAAUGGUGUAUUAACUUGACUUGUUCAGAAUAUCUGUUUAAAA